CCAAGCGCAAAGAAAGCAGCCAACGAGCAGUCCUGGGCGUUGUCGUGGUGACGUCCACUCUUCAACUCGAUCAUCUCGUUUGUCAAUCGCGUCACCGUUCCUUCUGUUUGCACUAGCUCAGAUUUUGCGCUGCCUUGCGUUAGCUCUAUAUCCCGUCUGCCAUGUUCUCUCUUGCUGCUGCAGCCGUCAACAUCCAAGCUCUCCAUCGCUAUCGUUUUGAUAUUGAAUACUGACAAGCUGGACCAGCAAAAUCGACAACAUGACUGGGCUAUACAAUAGCGAGAAGCAACUUGGGGAGGUCAACACGGUCAAAAUCAAGGUGGUUCAAGAGGUCCACGAUGCCGACAAAGACGAUAUCGACAAGCGCAUCGUCAUGGAAAAGACAUUCACAGUGUCGAAGGAGAACAUCACCGCUGCAUCAUCGUUCUUCACCGCCACCUUCAACGGAUCCUUUGAUGGGUGCAUCGAGCUGCACGACACCGACAUCAAGACGUUUGAGGAAUUCCUCGUUUGGCUCGAAGAGCGCGGGGGAAAAGAGAAGCCUAGGGUUAGUGAUGCACAGAGCCAGAGCGACUACGCCGAACUCGGUCCAAACACCGCCAACAUCGCCGUCAAGCUCUACGUCUUCGCUCAUAUUUACGAAGUCCCGCGUCUCCGAGACGAUGCCACCGACCGCCUCUAUAGCUACUUCUUACUUUGCGAUCGUGCAAGCGGGGAGUUUUGCAUUACGCCGAAGUCCGUUGAGCUCCUUUGCGAGCACACGCACGAUUACUCGGGUAUUCGUGACCUCCUGGCGGCUGGGUAUCACGAGCGGUAUCAUCCCGUCAGCAGGCCCCUGGCAGAGCAAGAUCUGAAGAUGUGUUCUGCUGAGUUCCUCGCUGAUGUGCUAGAAAGCGAGAUCGACGGUCAUGCUUCUCUGCACGGUACUCUGUGUACAUAUCAUGGCAACGAAGGAGGCACGUCUUGGAGGGUCUAGAGUCGAAUUGGUGGUUCGAGAGAUGAUAGGAGUAUCACGGAUCGAGGCAUUGUGUCAAAGUACCACUGCGGUAAUAAACUAACUGUGCAAUUAUUAUGCGCAAAUACAAAAGUUGCAUCGAUCGUAUCU